UAACUGCACUACCGUCUGGUCGUUACAACAGCCACAGAUUGCACUGAAAGCUCCUUUUCUAAUCCACCAUCAUGACAAGCCAAUAUGCAAGGUCUUUAGGAGGUGGCCAAAGUGCAGGGUCUUCUUCAUUUAGGAGAUCAACACAAUUCAGUCAGAAAUCUGGGGGAAGUAGUGCAGGUGGAGGAUAUGGUGGGGGUCAAGGAGGAAUAAUAAUGAAUGGAGCAGGCUUUGGAAAUUUUGGCUAUGAUGAAUUCGGUGGUGAAUUUGGUGAAGGUUUUGCUGCAGGGGGUGGUGGAGGUUAUGGAUCAGGAUUUGGUGGAGGUGUUAGUAGUGGCUAUGGAGGGGGAUUUGGUGGAGCAGCUGGUGGCGGAGGUGCAUUUGGUGGAAGUGGGGGUGUAAGAUUUGGUGGAGGAGUUAGUGGUGGAUAUGGUGGAGGAUUUGGUGGAGGCGCUGGUGGAGGAUUUGGGGGUGGAGGAGGUGCAAUGGAUGGAAUUUUAGGAACCAGUGAAAAACACACCAUGCAGAAUCUAAAUGACCGUUUGGCUACCUACUUGGAAAAGGUCAGGGCAUUAGAGGAGGAUAAUGCUGACCUUGAGCGCAAAAUCCGAGAGUGGUAUGAAAAACACCGCCCAGGCUCCACUACUGGAGAAGCACCAGACUACAGCAAGUAUGAAAAAAUAAUUGAGGAUCUCAGGAAUAAGAUCUUAGCUGCCACUAUUGACAACGCCAAGACCAUUUUGCAAAUUGACAAUGCCAGGCUGGCAUGCGAUGACUUCAGACUAAAAUAUGAGAACGAGCUGGCUCUCCGACAGAGUGUGGAGGCUGAUAUUAAUGGUUUACGCAGAGUCCUGGAUGAACUAACCUUAGCAAAAUCUGACUUGGAAGUACAGAUUGAAAGCCUUACUGAAGAAAUUAUGUAUCUCAAGAAGAACCAUCAAGAGGAGAUGAAUUCUCUUCAUGGUUCACAAACCGGAGAAGUUACAGUUGAGAUGAAUGCUACUCCGGGAACAGAUCUGACCAAAAUUUUGAACAACAUGAGGGAACAGUAUGAAACAAUUGCUGAGAGGAACAGAAAGGAAGCUGAGGCUCGGUUCCUUGAGCAGAGUAGGGAGCUGAAGAAAGAAAUUACAGCCGGGGUGGCCCAGGUGCAGACCAGCACUUCUGAGAUCUCUGACCUGAAAAGAAGUCUUCAAGCCCUGGAGAUAGAGCUACAGUCCCAGUUGGCAAUGAAAAGAUCCCUUGAAUCCACAUUGGCAGAAACUGAAGGUCGGUAUUGUGCCCAGAUUGCACAAAUACAGAACAUUAUCAGUAGCGUGGAAGAACAAUUGGCCCAGCUGAGAUGUGACAUGGAACGUCAAAGCGAUGAGUAUAAUCGGCUGCUCGAUAUAAAAGUCAGGUUGGAGCAAGAAAUUGAGAAAUAUCGUCAGCUACUCGAUGGAGAAGGGUCAAAACUGAGCAUUUCAUCAAGUUCUUCUACAUUUAGAGGGUCCCCGGCAUCUUCAGUGGACUCCUCAAAAGAUCCAAACAGAACGAGACUUGUCAAGACCAUUGUUGAAAACCUGGUGGAUGGCAAAGUCGUCUCUUCAGAGGUUAAGGAAAUAAAAGAGAAAUAUUAACACAGACCUUUGCAGAAGCUGAGGAAACUUCCAUUUCAGACCUUCCAGACCAUUAUCUUUCAAGGACCUUCUGUUGUCCCUCCUUUUAUAAUGCUUUAUGUGUCCUUUGCAUGUUCUGUCCAAUAAACUUUUGCAAGCAA